AUGUUUAGACCCGGUGAAAUAAAAUGGCAUUUAAUGGUAGCAUCAUGCCAUCGUCGUAGUGGUGAUUAUGCAGCUGCUAUAGAAAAAUAUAAAUGGAUUCAUCAACAUUUUCCAGACGAUACUGAUUGCAUUCAAUUUUUAAUUAAAAUUGCUAUUGAUCUUGGUUUACCUGAACGAGAAAUGUAUGAAAAUGAAUUAAAAAAAGUUAAUAAAAUGAAAGAAAUUCAACUUCAACGUAAAACAAGUGCAGAUAAAAGUCGAAAUAUUAUUAAAGGUCGAAAAAUAUCAUCGGCUGAACAUGAAAUUUCUCGUAGCAAUCGUAAUCAAAUUAUGGAUGAUCAUGGAAAACGUACACCAAUUAAUUUAGAUAAUACUGAAGGCGUUUUUUCUCAGCAAGGACCUAUUACAAUUCAUCCUUAUAUUGAUCAAUUUCCUCAACAAAUGACACACGAACGACCAAGAACUGCUAUUAGCAAAAAAGAAACACAUGCAAUAGUUUUUGAUGAUAAAGAUGAUGCAGCUGAACUUUUACCCGAUUAA